CUGUUUUACAAGCUUACUGCCUCCCCUCUGCUCAAACAAAAACAACCCCUUCCUCUUCUUUUGUCCUUUAAACGUAACAAUUUCAUGAUCUAGAAAAUGGGAUUUGGGGCUUUAAGAAGUAUCGUUCGACCACUAUGUCGGACUCUCCUACUAUCCCAGGCUUCCCCUGCUUCUGGAACUAUGUCGACUCUCCCCUCUUAUUUGUGCCCAAAACCCUGUUUGAAUUCCCUUUUGUGCGGGUCUAUUUACCGCCAAUCUCCAUGGAUCUCGAUGUCCAAUCAGUUGCAUAGCUUAACCAAUACUCGUUUCCCAAAGAGAAGGCCUCAAGACAAGGCACGCCGAAAAAGAGCCAGCUUGAAACCUCCUGGGCCAUAUGCAUGGGUGAAGUAUACACCAGGGGAGCCUAUUCUUCCAAAUAAUCCUAAUGAAGGGAGUGUCAAAAGAAGGAAUGAGAAAAAGAGAAUGAGGCUGCGCCGUGCGUUUAAAUUGGCAGAGGCAAAGAAGAGGAAAGCUCAAUUGCAGGAAGCUAAUAGGAAGAAGAAGAUUAAGCAAGUAGAGCGUAAGAUGGCUGCAGUGGCUAGGGAUAGAGCAUGGGCCGAAAGGCUGGUGGAACUGCAGGGGCUUGAGGAAGAGAAGAAAAAGGCCAUGGCUUGAAAUUUCGCUUGCUUAUACGCUUUGUCUUCCAAUGUUAUGCUGAUUUUGAGAUGGUUUGUAAGAACUUAAUUAUGUUUCCAUCCUAAUGUUUGGUUACGCCAGCCGGUCUACGGUUUAAUGCAUUUAGACAUCUGAUGUUGGUUUCUCUAGUUCUGCACUUAUUCAUUUAUAGACAGGAAAUUUGUAUCUUUGUGUUUAGGACUAGGAAACAGAAAGGUGUUCAAAAGUUCCAUUUGGCCUUGGCUGAGGACUUACUUUUAGCACAGUGAAUCAAGAUCUGAAAUAAUUUGAGAUUAAAUUUUAUUUUAUAA